AUGUACGUAGUAUAUAUACGCAGUGUCGAUGAUUCCAGCAUUGGUGCAGCUUCGGUCUCUCCCAGCGGCCGAGAUGUCGUCCUGGCCGGCAAGAGCGGCCUCUACAUUGUCGACCUGGACAACCCAUACUCACCACCUCGCCAUGUCAUCUACAGGUCCAGCUUCGACGUGGCCGAUGUGCAAUGGAGCCCUUUUGCCUCCCGUCCAGGCCGCAUUGCUAGCACCGCCAAUCAGCGAGCCAUCGUCUUCAAUCUCGACAUGGUCGCUCUGCCCAACAAGCCCCCCGUGGAAUUUGACCUGCAUGCACACGAGCGCGCCAUCACUGACAUCAAUUUCUCCGCACACAACCCGGACCUGCUGGCAACCUGCGGUGUAGAUAGCUAUCUCUACACCUGGGACUUGAGGGCGCCGCGCACCCCCGCCGGGAGGCUCAAACACAAUUGGUAUGCCGCCAUCCAUGAGGGAGGCGCCACUCAGGUCAAGUGGAACCGUCAGAACGAGCAUCUGAUUGCCUGCUCCUACGACAAAUCCCUUCGCGUCUACGACGUUCGUAAGGAUACCAAGCCUCUCACCCUCAUUGAGGCACACACCACCAAAAUCUACGGUAUUGACUGGAAUCGUGCCAACGCGAACAAGAUUGUCACAUGCUCCCUCGACAAGACCGUCAAGCUGUGGGACAAUGUUGGUCUAGAGGAGAGGAUCACUGUCCCAAGCGGCGUCAUCCGCUGUCACUUUCCUGUCAAACGCGCUCGCCAUACGCCCUUUCCCAAUGGCAUCCUGGUAAUGGCCGCCCGUGGCAGCGCCGCUCUCAACCUAUACACGCACCGCUCGGCCGACGUCCAGCGCAACGCUGGCAUCACUGUGCCGGUUCACAGCUUCGAGCACCAUGAAGAAGGCUCCCAAGUGCUGGAGUUCCUGUGGCGUUCGCGCGGCGCCGUUGACGACGACGGCGUUGAUAACCGUGAAUUUCAGCUUAUCUCUUGGGGAAGGGACAGUCACCUUCACCUUUACAAUAUUACAGACGAUCUUCUCCAAGAGACAGUCGGCUUCACCAGAGGGGCCCCUGCCAAAGAAUUACCCAGCACCACGCGCAAGGGGGCGAAGUAUGUCACCUAUCGCGAUGAGCCGCCUAAGACUCCUUCGAAGACACGUGCAAGACCCUCUUCAAGGCUUCAGCAAACGGGCACCAUCACCAGCACCUCCCAGACACCUCGAGAGACCAUGUCCCCCGGAACGAUCCGGAGUUACCAUAACGCCCGUGUCAAGAACGACAUCACUUGGAUGCACAACGUGAAGAUCGAUGAGCCAACUCGAGGCGUAUUGGACUACCGUACCGAAGUGAAACUCGUCUCAGAAAAGUACCCCAAUGCCUUUGAACCUCGCCAAGGUGAUUUGCAGAAGAGAUACAUCACUCUAGCAUUCCAAGGGCCGUGGGGUGAGCUUGACCACUCAGCCGAGCGCAAGGCCGAACGUAAGCUGGCUUUUCUGCGAUUGAGAGUCAGGUUCCCAAGGCACUAUCCUCGCUACAAUGCAGCCGAAGCCGACAAUCUGGAAGCCGACGAACCGCCGGAGAACCAGCCUUUGGAGAUCGAGUUUCUCAAGACCACUGCUAACAUUGAGGAAGCCGUUCUCGAUAGGUUGAAAGCAGACAUGAAUGAGAUUGCCCACCAUCGUGCGAUGCACGGCAAGGAAGCGCUGGAGGCAAUCAUCUGCUAUGGCCUAGGAGAGCGUGGAUUAGAGGACAGCCUGGUGAUCUCAGACGAACCCAGCGUCAUGCCAGCAGCCGAGGAGGUAGAGGAGGAAGAGAGCUCCAGUGAGGAGGAUGAAGAUGAUGAGGGCAUUGGUAACGAACAUCAAAAUGAAUUUCUGAGCUCCUCCUUGACGAAUGCUAAUGUACCCCGCCCCAUACAGACUUCUACCCGGUUUUCAACAACCGGAGCACUAACCAUAGCACGGAUUCAUUCCACUACCUCCUAUCUCUCACCCUUGGCCUCUCUGAUCCGCCUUCCUCGGAUGGAGGGCCAGGGACUGAGCAGGGAGGGUAUAUUUGAGUCUUUUGGCCGAUUGCAUAUACCCCGUGGAUAUGGCUCGGAAUCUCCAACUUCAUCGGAGGCGUCUUGGGAGUGGGCGUCAACGGCGUCUUCGUCUUCGCAAUCGGAGGAGGAUCAUGCACCUCUCUCUCGGUUCAAUCCACCCACGCUGUGGCAGAACUCGAUAAUGCGUUUCCAGUCCAAAACUUCUCAUCCGUCAUCCAUCGGGGCUAGAGCCGCGAAUGACAAGUCUGUGGUGACAAUUCUGGCGUCGGUGGCGGAGGAUUUUGUACCAAGCAAGCGCAAACUUGCGCAAGGGUAUUGGAUCUUUGGCGAUGGGCCGCAGGUUUGUUCGCAUAACGCGCAGGUAGCUAGGAGCGCGGGAUAUGAGGAUUUGGGCGAUGUGUGGGAAUUGUGCGGUUUAAUUCUGAAUAAUCAAGUCCCUCUGGAGAUCUUACCACAGCAGCAUAGGCGGGAGCAGGUAUUGGUGCUUGCCCGUCGGGCACUCGUAAGGAUCAAGCGUAAGGACAGUGGUUUGGACCUCCAGUUCGACGAGGCAGACACCGUCAAGAAUCCAAGGCUGAAGGCGAGGGUCAAGUGGGGACACCAUGCCAUCGUAACCUGGCUCAUUCCCGCCCUCUUUGACCACUUUGAGAGGCUUGCUGACAUCCAGAUGCUGGCCAUGCUCUCCUGUAUAUUCUCAGAACCUGCCGCCCGCGAAGGCGUCUCCAGCGCCAUGGCCACGACGAAGCACUCUAACCUUCCCAUGUCUAUGGAAGCUCCAGCCUUUUCUCUAGACUACUUCUCCUCGGCUGACGCUGCCUGGAGCCUGUUCAAGCCUACCAUCUCCAUUCCGCCCACGCCCGCCCACUCACGCCUUGCCAUGCCGGUGAAUGACUCCGGAUGGAACCGCCUCCAUAAAGCGCUAGACACCUUCGGAUCUCAUGGUUCGUCCAAUGGCCCUUGGGGCAGUGACACUGUACCCUCCGAACCUGUGACUCCAUAUUCGACCGGAACUACACCCCCGAACCUCUCGCGAGCACCUACGACGCGGUCCACGGCCACACAUACCCCCUUCUCUACCUCUCCCGAGCAACCCUCGCAUCUAAAGAAGUCCUCCACAGCCAACUUUGCAAGUGCCAUCGCUACGCUCUCCCGCCCCUUUGCCAAUGUCUUGUCCUCAUCCCCUCCGGUCAAGAACCGCACUGAGGGCGACCUAUCAACGUCCGCCCCUACCAGUGGAGUCACGUGGGGUACGACGACGUUCUACAACAACAACGGAGAUGUGGAGGAGAGCACUGAGCGGAGCAUCGCCACUCGUGCCAAGAGCAGCAAACGGGCCAGCUUUGGCCAGGCAGACCGCAUCAACAUCGACUACUACUCCGAUUCCGACUCCGAUUACGAAGAAUCUGGCCCUUAUGACACCAUCUCCGAGUAUACGGCACCAAUCACCUCCGGUGGUGCGGGCGACGAUGGUAAAACGAUCCGCGUGACACUCAAGAACCAAGAUCAAUUCGAUGACGAAGGAUGCGUCAGCGCUCCGCUUCUCGACAUGAGCAAAGAGUGGCUAUAUCAGGCCUGGAGAGCUCAAUAUGCCGAGUUGCUCACGAGCUGGGGCCUUGUGAGGCAACGUGCAGAGAUACUGAAAUUCAACGGCUUGACGUCCUACUUCCCAUCUGACAGCUCUCGCGGAACGUCCAAAGCCGGAUCGUUACAUCUAGGUCUUCCAGGCCACAACGGAGCUGAAACGCCUCUUCCUCCUGCAUUGUCCCGCGCGUCGUCUGCCCUCGCACCCCCGGUUUCGAUGACACCGCAGUACAGACGGAGUCCAGUGUCAUCCCCUAAACACUUCUCCUUCAAUCCCGAAGCCACCGAGUUCCAACCCGGUGGUGCGUCUUUUGAGCCUCCGGGAGGCUUAUCCAGCGACCUCAUCGCCCCUCCACCCGACGUCUUCAUCUCCUCAGAACAAUACCUGCGUCUCAGCAUCCCUACUCCGAACCUUACACAUCCCAUGCUCGACGACGGCGCUACUGAUGCGGGCGGCGAUCACCAUAGCACUAGCGGUGCAGUGAAUACACCCAGGUCGACGACGGCGCCAAGUCAGAAGGUGUUGCGGCCAGGGUUGCGGUCAGCCUUUAGUAGAGGAAUGUCCAUGAGACAGCCUUCCUCCUUCAACGCAAGAGAAAGGGACCAAAACGACAAGGAAAAGCUUGUGGUAUACAUGUGUUCCAUCUGCUGGAUGCGCGUCGGAGGACGCUUCUUCCUCUGUCCCGGGUGCGGACAUGUGGCGCAUUUUGAGUGCAUGGAGGGGGGAGGCGAUGAAGGGUGUUAUUUGCAUUGGAGCGUCGAGGAGGGGUUCGAGGAGGGGGAGUGUGUGGUUGGUUGCGGGUGUGGGUGUGGGUUUGAGGGGUUUGACUGGGAGAGCAGUGAAGGGUGGGAGCAGCGCGGGAGAUGGGAGGGGCAUGCCCAUUAUGAGCACGAACAUGGUGGGGUUGUGGGUGGUGGGCUCACGGGUGAAGAGAUUGAGCAUCAUCGAUUCGAGGGCGGGCAUGGGCAUGGGCAUGCGGAGGAGGAACUGAAGCUUGGGGGCUCGUAUUCGCCGAAGCUUGAGAAGAAGGGGAGAGCGGGUCAGAUACGGAUGGGAUUGAGGAGGAGUGCGUCAGCGAGGUAG